GAUGGAAGCACCAGCUGAAGGAGAAGCCGUGGUAUUCCCUUGCCUUGAAGAGUUGGAUAUCAGCCACUGUCCCAAUUUGGGAAAUGCUUCUGCGAGUCGUUUUCCACGUCUUAAGACGUUGAAGAUAUAUCAAACGGGACUCACUUGUCUACCGGAAGGGAUGUUGGAGUAUUUGGAGAUACGUGGUUGUGGUGAGUUAACUUCUAUUGCUCCUGAUGUAUUUGGCUGUUUGGGAUCUCUUCGAUCACUCAUUGUUAUCGAUUGUGAAAAACUAAGUCAAUUGCCUGAUGGGCUAGACAAACUCCCUCAUCUUGAGGUGUUGAGCAUAGGUGGUUGUCCCAGCCUCAAGUCGAUUCGGAUCACACAGGACGAGCACAAUCUCCUUCCUCUGGAGGAGUUGACAAUACAUGAGUGCCCCAACCUAGAGUCGAUUCAAAUCACACCGGGCAUCGAAUCUCUCCGUGUAUUGAACAUUGAUGGUUGUGAGGUAUUAUCAAUCCUAGAGGUUGGGCUCCGUAAGUGCACCUCUCUUCAGAGGUUGACGAUUGCUGAUUGUCGGAGAUUAUUAAGCCUACCGAGUGGGCUCCAAUUCUGCACCUCUCUUCGGGUAUUGGCGAUUUCCGGUUGUAGUGGAUUAACAUCAAUUCCAAUCACACAGGGCAUCCCAUCUCUCCAGAGGUUGAGGAUUGUUAAUUGUUGCAGAUUAUUAAGCCUACCGAGUGGGCUCCAAUUCUGCACCUCUCUUCAGCAUCUGCAAAUAGGGCGGUGCUCUAGCCUAGUAUCGAUUUCAGUAUCAUAUCAUGUGUGCGACCACCAAGUCUCAACGAUUCAACCGGAUGAAGUCUAUAGAGGUGUUGUUGAGUAUUGCCGUAGUCUAAAAUCUAUUCAAGCUGAUCUCCGUCAGUCGUUGAUAUGUAAUUGUGGGAAAUUGAAAUAUGAGCCCACAGGAUUUCGCAGCCUCACGAGUUUGAAGAAUCUGUCAAUUGGUCCGUUCUGGAAGGAGCUGGACGCCUUCCCUGAUUUUCAGCUUCCACCUGGUUCACAACUUGAAGAGUUACGUUUGUUGGGUUGGCCUAAGCUCAAGUCUUUGCCCCAACAAAUUCAGCACUCUACUUGUUUAAAAUCUCUCUCGAUAUGUGACUUUCUGAGACUAGAGGCUCUUCCUGAGUGGUUGGGAAAUCUUACAUCUCUUGAGGCUCUGGAUAUCCAGCACUGUCGGUUCCUCAAGUCUCUGCCUGCACAAGAUGCUAUGAAAAGCCUCACCGAAUUGAAGAAGCUCUACAUUAAUACAUGCCUCCUGCUCGAGAAAAGAUGCAUCAAGGAGGCUGGCCCCGAAUGGCCCAAGAUUUCUCACAUCCCAAAAAUUGAGUGUUGGCCGGGAACAUACGGAAAUGCGGAGACUUCAACUUCUUCUCCAAUAAAUGCUGAGAAUUCAACAUCUUCUCCAAGAAAUGCUGAGAAUUUAACAUCUUUUCCAAGAAAUGUUGUGUUGGAUUGUUUGCCAUGUUGCUUUCUUUAAGGAAGACUUGCGAUGAAAUAAAAAUAUAUCAAUACCCUGUUUGAUUAAUAGUCAAGGGCCUGAUUGCCAUUUGCAUUUAUCAUCCCUGGCUGAUUUACAAGGAUUAGAUCUCUUUUAGCUGCAUCUGAGUUAUCUCAAAUCAGCGGUGCAGUGACUUGGUGUUGAUCAGCAUCAGCUAUGAGGAUGAGAAGUAUCCGCCUAAAGUGGAAGCUAUGAAAACAAAGAAGCACUGAGGACAGCCUGCGUGAGGGUGCUGACUUCUUAAAUUCCAAAGGUCUGCAUUGAAGCUAUGAGAGACCUCCCUGAACUACCACAGUUGGAUAUUCAUGGGGUUCAAGUUCCAGGGGAAACAUGUGCUUUUGAGUGUUUGAUAUUUCAGUUGUGCACGAUUACUUCCAUUCAUGUUCUACGUGCAACCGGUUUUUAAAAUCAUUGCUCUAUCGGUCUAUCCUACUCAAAUGGAAGAACAACUUAACUGGACCCAGCAUGGUGCGAACUCAGUUCAGAUUUUGUCCCCAGGAUCAAGGAAUUGGAGCACCCAAAUGUGAUCCCCGGUGGCUGCUGUUUAUUUCUUGGCUCUUGCAAAUGCUGGUUACUUUGCCCUAUAUUGAGAACAAACUCCAUCUGCAUCUUGGAUAAGCCAUUUAGUCAAGCAUGCAUGCAUGGUUUCUAGGAAACAAGCCUUCUAUUAUUUGAGAGCUGUAUGAACAACCUCCUGUCAGAUUUCGCAUUUUUGUGCUCUCAUGGUGUUUCCAUGAAAGCUUAAGGAAUGGAGCAACAAACAAGACCUGGAGGACCUGGACAAUUUGGUACCGUGGGCUUGUUUAUGAGUUACUCAUAUAUGGUUGUGGAGCUUAUUGUGAGCUUCUCUGCACUUCUUAUACUUUCAAGUAUCAAGCCGUACUUCUGAGA